GUGAGAAUGCUGCGCCGUAUCGUUCCAACGUCCGUCGCCGCCGCGCAGCGCUUCUCGACGAAGGCUGCCGUCUUGUCGGCGCCGACGCAGGAGAGCGCCUCGAAUAGAACGAAAGGCGGCGGCAGGGACACGCUUGGGCGGCGGAUGUUUGCUCUGGUGUAUUCGAAGCGGAGCGCCGUCGUGGCGAUAAGAAAGUGGAAGGAAGAGGGGCGCCUGGUGCAAAAAUACGAGCUCAAUCGGAUUGUUCGCGAGCUACGGAGCCUCAAGCGUUAUAAACAUGCUCUCGAGGUUUGUGAAUGGAUGAGAACACAAGAAGAUAUGAGUCUGAUGUCUGGGGAUUUUGCAAUCCACUUGGAUUUAGUUGCAAAAGUUCGGGGUUUAAACAGUGCAGAGAAGUUUUUUGUAGACCUCCCUGAAAACAUGAUAGAUCCUAUAACGUGUAGUGCCCUUCUCCACACCUAUGUCCAUUGCAAGGAAUCGGAAAAGGCUGAGGCAUUGAUGAAGAAGAUGUCAGAAAAUGAUUACAUGAAAUCUCCGGUUCCCUAUAACCAUAUGCUCUGUCUAUACGUUUCCACAGGACAACUGGAGAAGAUUCCAAAACUUAUUAAAGAGGUGAAGAAGGUUACAUCUCCAGAUAUCGUCACAUAUAACCUUUGGCUGGCUGCUUGCGCCUCUCAGGAUGCUGUUGAAACGGCCAAAAAGGUAUUUCGUGAGCUAAGUGAGGCCAAAAUUGAACCAGACUGGGUGACGCACAGCACAAUGGCGAGCAUGUAUAUUAAGAACUCAUUCGGGGAAGAAGCAGUGUCUGCCCUGAAGGAUAUGGAGAAGAAGGUCUCCCGAAAAGUUAGAGUGGCAUAUGCGUCACUAAUCAGUUUACAUACAGCUCUGGAAAACAAGAAUGAUGUUCGUGGAAUAUGGAAAAAGAUGCAGUCUACUUUCCGCAAGCUGAGCGAUGUGGAGUACACUUGCAUGAUCACUUCCUUACUGAAGCUUAAACAAUUUCAAGAGGCUGAGAAGCUGUACGAUGAAUGGGAGUCCGUUUCUCCAACCAAGGAUUCGAGGGUCCCAAAUUUGCUGCUUGCGGCCUACAUCAACAACGAACAAAUGGACAAGGCCAAAACCUUUUACAGUCGUAUGGUGGACAGCAAGAUAGUGCCGGGCUACACCACUUGGGAGCUUCUCACUUGGGGUUACUUGAAAGAAAAGCAGGUUGAAGAAGCUGUUGAUUGCUUCAAGAGAGCCAUUCGCAGUGUGAGACAAUGGGAUCCGGAUGAGAAGCUAGUGCAACAAGUCCUUGCGCUCGUGGAAGAGUCUGGUGAUAUUGACGUUGCCGAGAAAUUGCUUUCAGCUCUUGGUCGCGUUGGUUAUGUGAAUACGGAGAUCUACAACUCUCUUCUGCGAACCUAUGCAAAUGCGGGUAAAAUGCCGCUUAUUGUAGCAGAAAGGAUGAAGAAGGACGGUGUAGAAAUGGAUGAGGAAACGAAGAGAUUAGUGCAACUAACAAGCAAGAUGUGUGUUGCUGAAGUUCCAAUCAAUGCUUGAGAACGUAUAAGGGGACGGAAUUGUCGCAGUGAUUUUGAGUUCAGACUAGGGAAUAUAGGCAUUAGCUACUGAGAAUGGGGAAUCUUGUACUCUAUAACAGGGUCAAGAUUUGUUGGAUGGGUUAGGACUCGACAGAUGAUCGCAAUAUAAUCACUCAAUUAUAACAUUUGUGUAGUCUUUAGGAGUGCUAGAAAUAGGAUAAGAACCUAUCAAAAGUAUAUGAAUGAGAUCCAACUAGAGAUACUAACAUUUGUUGGUCUUUUUGUUUCUCAAUUCUUUCAUGUUUCCAUGUUACCAAUUGAAUAUUUUUUAUGUAUGAUCUAAA